GCUGGUGGUGGUAAUGACAGACACAUAGCUGUGAGUUAUUGUGCUCUCAGUGUCAUUCCUAAAUGUCGUUUGGACUACAGUUAGAGACGAUAAGCAAGCUAAUAACAGCUCGGAGGACUCGCUCGUCUCCCCGGAGUAGCCUCGGUUACUAACAAGUGGACUGUGUACAGUGUUUGGACUUCGCAGCUGCCUGCCUGGGAAAGCUGCAGCCAUGGUGUUUGUGCAGAGCUACUGUGAAGCAAAUUCCUCCAUCUCCAUAACCUGGGUGGAUGAAGGCAUCGCCCCCUGCUUCUACUUCACACUGGUCCCCACCAUCCUGCUCUCCCUCUCCUUCCUCCUUGGCACCAUCCACUGCAUAUGUUACCAAAAGUAUGGCACGCAAAUGGAACGCAAGUUCAUUCCUCGCGCCCGCCUCUAUGGUUUUCAGCAGGUCCUCCACGUCUUUCUGAUCAUCCAGUUUCUGGGUGGAGUGAUUUGGAGAGCCGCGAGUGCAGAUGAGCUUCCGGGGUAUGUGGUGCUGUAUGGCUGCUUUUCCAUCCUGGGAUGGGCCUGGGCUAUGGCUCUACUCAGGGUGGAGAGGCGCAGGGUCCUGGUGUCGGAUCGGACAAGAGGACACAGUGCUGUCCUGCUGCUGUUCUGGGCUGUAGCUUUCUGUGCUGAGAACCUGGCUUUUGUCUCCUGGUACAGUCCUCAGUGGUGGUGGGGCCUGGAGAACAAACCACAACAGGUGCAGUUGUUCCUGUGGAUGAUGCGCUACAUUAGCACUGGGCUGCUCUUCUUCAUCGGUCUCAAAGCUCCAGGGUUGCCAAGGAGACCUUACAUGCUACUGAUAAAUGAAGAUGAGCGUGACGUAGAAAAUGGUGGACAGAGCCUGUUGGGAAGACCAGAGGAGAACCAGUCCACCUGGAAGGGUUUUUGGAAAAAGGUCCGUCUGCUUGUUCCCUACAUGUGGCCGCAAGGCAACAGGUUUCUCCAGCUGCUGGUCCUCUUCUGUUUGGGGCUGCUGGGAGUGGAGAGGGCUGUUAAUAUCUUUGUACCUAUUUACUCCAAGUAUAUUGUGGAUGAACUGACUGAUGGCAGCAGCUGGCACACUUUAGCUGUUACAGUGUGUAUUUAUGUCCUGCUCAAGCUCAUGCAGGGUGGAGGAGCAGGUUCCUCUGGAUUUGUGAGUAACGUACGCACUUUCGUCUGGAUCCGCGUGCAGCAGUACACCAAUCGACUGGUUCAAGUCAAUCUGUUUGGCCACCUGCACUCCCUCUCUCUGCGCUGGCAUCUGAGCCGCAAAACUGGUGAAGUACUGAGAAGUAUCAACCGUGGCACGUCUUCCGUUAACAACUUGGUCAGCUACAUAGUGUUCAGCAUCUUUCCAACCAUUGCUGAUAUUAUUAUCGCCAUCAUCUACUUCAUCACUUAUUUCAAUGCCUGGCUUGGCCUUAUUAUCUUCAUCUGCAUGACCUUCUACCUCACUAUGACUAUCAUCAUCACUGAAUGGAGAACCAAGUACAGACGAGAAAUGAAUCGGAUGGAUAACGCUGCCAAGGCCAAGGCUGUGGACUCCUUGUUAAACUUUGAGACGGUAAAAUACUACAAUGCAGAGAACUAUGAGGUCGGCCGGUUUGAGGGUGCAAUCUUAAAUUAUCAGGCUUCAGAGUGGAGGGCGCAGGCAUCUCUGGCCUUGCUCAAUCAAACCCAGAAUGUUGUCAUUGGAUUAGGACUGCUAGCAGGCUCCUUGCUCUGUGCAUACUUUGUCACAGAGGGAAAGUUUCAGGUUGGAGAUUAUGUUCUCUUCGGUACCUACAUCAUCCAAAUGUACAUCCCACUCAACUGGUUUGGAACAUACUACAGAAUGAUCCAGACUUCCUUUAUUGACAUGGAAAACAUGUUCCAACUUUUCGAAGAAGAUCAAGAGGUGAAGGAUGAAGUAAAUGCAGGAAGCCUUCUCUUUAAACUGGGGAAGGUGGAGUUUGAAAACGUUUACUUCAGCUACAUAAAUGGCAUGGAGAUUCUCAGGGAUGUGUCCUUCACAGUUCUUCCAGGACAGACGGUUGCACUGGUUGGGCCGUCGGGAUCUGGGAAAAGCACAAUCAUUCGACUGCUUUUCCGUUUCUAUGAUGUUCAGGGAGGCUGCAUUCGCAUUGAUGGCCAGGAUAUAUCAAAGGUGAAACAGGCAUCUCUGCGAUCUCAUAUCGGCGUGGUUCCCCAGGAUACCGUCCUGUUCAACGACACCAUCCGGGAUAACAUUCGCUACGGUCGCACCACUGCUAAUGACCAGGAGGUGGAGGAGGCUGCUGUAGCUGCUGAUAUCCAUGACAAAAUCAUGACCUUCCCUGAUGGUUAUGAUACCCAGGUGGGGGAAAGAGGACUGAAGCUGAGUGGAGGAGAGAAGCAGAGGGUGGCUAUCGCCAGAACUAUCCUCAAAGCACCACAAAUCAUCCUGCUGGAUGAGGCCACAUCUGCCCUGGACACACAGACAGAGCGCAACAUCCAGGCCUCUCUGGCCAAAGUCUGUGCCAAUCGUACUACAGUGGUUGUAGCUCACAGGUUGUCCACCAUCAUUGGAGCAGACCAGAUCCUGGUUGUCAAUGAAGGGCGGAUUGCUGAGCGAGGACGACAUGAGGAAUUGCUACAAAAAGGAGGUUUAUAUGCAAACAUGUGGAUGAAGCAACAACAGGCUCAGGACUCAGAUUCAUCAUCAGACACCGAAACCAAAGAUCACAAGUCUGAGAAACUGCAGCCACCAUUGACCACCUCAGGACACCACGGGCACUGAAUGUAUUUACUUUAAGAAAAAAAACUGUUAGCACUUUUAUUCUUUGUUGUGAUUGUGAAAAAGUUAUGUUUGAUUUAAGCAUUCAGCAAGGUGGAAGUAAUAUUUUUGAUAGAUUUUACAAAGUGAGGGACAAAUGAUUUGACAUUUUAAAAACCAAAUCAAACUGCUAAACAGGAGUGGAGCUUGAAUCAUUCCUUGCUUUGAGGUUGUUUUCUAUUUAGUUUUUGUUUUGUUUUUUUUAGUAUAAUCCUCCUAGCCCUACAAAUCACCUCCAAUUACUUGACAUUCCUCAUAUUUAUUUUUAUACUUACCUUCAUUUAUUUUAUUUUAUUUUACUUUACUUCGUAUUUUCUUUUUUCUUUUUCACAGUUUUAAAAGAGGACCUAUUGCGCUUUUUCUUUCAUAGAUAUACUAUUUGUGGAUGCUCAUGUAAAGACAGCCAGAGAUUAACGUAUACAGGAGACCAAAAGCACAGGCUUCAGACUGCUCAGCUCAGUUUGAGACUUUUUUUUCUACUCAUGGCUCUAUGAUGCCAGUUUCAUGAAAAACACCUUACUAAUUUGUAUUUAUUUUUAAUGAAAAACUGCAGUGAUCAUAUAGCUCUGCCUCGACUCUGGAGCAAUAAUAUGACCUGAGGCAUAAGAAAGGGAACUCAGCCUUGACACUACAUCUUAGUGCACUGAGAUACUAAUGAAACCUUGUGAAUGAUUUGUGGAUAAGAAUAGAUUUGUAUGCAUGCCAUCAGGGAUUUCGGGUUUUUUUUCAUUAUUUAAGUUUUUGUUUGCUGAAUUUGUGUUGUUCUUUAAAGUGACACUAGUCUUUUAGAAAAGCGUAUUUGCACAUUGAGGCUUUAGGUCAUCAGCUAGGCAGAAGAUAAAGCAGGAUAGAAGAGCUGGUAAUGCAUUGAUGUACAUCUCCAUGUAUUAAGGAAAUAAAACAUUGGGCACUUAUCAUCAGUGUUUCCUGUGACACUGAUUAAAAAUAAAUAUUUUCUUUUCUUUAAUGAUGACAUAGCAAUAGCAUUAUUUAUAUGUGCCUGUGCUGAAUUAACAAGUGAAAAAUAUCUGAAUUAAGAAGAUGUCUUAAAAUCAAAUGUCUAUGCAGUAACAGAUGUUUAAUUAUUAAGUAAGAACAGCCAUAUACGUCUAAGUAAGUUAAUGUGCUGUCUUGUAUCUACCUCACGAAGUAUGUUGUUCAUAGUU